AUGAGACACGGUUUGAUGAACGCUUGGUUCUGUGCGGCGAGCUCGGUUGCGACGGUCGCCACGGCCACCGGUGCUCCAGAGCAGCAAUUCUUGCAAGGCAAAGGCGUGGCUAGCAAAGAACCAACGCUAGGAUGGAACUCGUGGAACGCGUACCACUGCGACAUCAACGCUGCCAAGUUUCUCGAGGCUGCUGAAGCCAUUGUUGACUGUGGUAUUCGUGACGCCGGUUACACCUACAUCGACAUCGAUGACUGUUGGCAGGCCGAAGGAGGUAGAGUGAAUGGGCAUAUUGCCGUCGACAAGAACAAGUCUCCCGACGCCAUCGAUGGCCUCGCUAAGAAAAUCCACGAUAUGAAUUUAAAGAUUGGAAUAUACAGCUGCUAUGAGGACAUCGACGCCGCCGACUGGGCCUCAUGGGGCAUCGACUACCUCAAGGAUGUCCAGCGCGGCGUCAACGGCACCUGCGACCUCUCGCCGGAACCUCGCCUGACGCCGCCGGGCUACGACCGGCGCACGUCCAAGUCCUACGAGCGCUUCCGGCGCAUGGCCGAUGCGCUCGCCCGGCAGCCGCGCGAGGUCGUCUACUCGGCGUGCAUCUGGGGCCUCGCCGACGUCUACUCCUGGGGUCGGGAGGUCGCCGCCAGCUGGCGGAUGGGCGCCGACAUCGAGCCCGGCCGGGGCGAGCGUCAAGUUUAG